AUGCGGCGUCAGCUAACUGUCCGGCGAGAACAGCCGCCAUCAGACGACUUACCCGUCAAACAGAUUUUGGGACGACUGACCGUACACCAAAUGACAGCUGAGAUUAGAAUAAUCCAGCACAAUCUCAACAGGGACCGCACGGCCAGCCACCAGCUACAUGAGCUGUGUGUCGAACAGAAGAUUGACUUUGUACUUGUUCAAGAACCGCUCAUAAUGAACAACAACUCGAUAUAUGCGUUUGAAACCUGUAGGCGGGCGCAUAUCAGUCGUGACGCCGGUGCGGCCGUAAUAGUCCUGACCAACCGUUAUCAGAGUAUCCUCUUGGGGGCUUACUCGUCAAGCCACACUGUAGCGAUCAGAGUCAGGUUUGGUCCUAGACAGUUGGACGAUGUUAUACUGGUAUCGUCCUACUUUAAGUACAACACCCCUACCAUUCUCCACAUAGAGCGUUUAAGCCAGAUCAUGGAAAAAGAGAAACGUAUCCUCAUCGGGGUGGACACGAACGGUCACUCGAAACUCUGGUUUUCGGAAACCCGGAACCGCCGCGGUAGAACCGUUGAUGAGUUCAUACAUAAAUAUGGUCUUAGGGUUCAUAACAUAGCGGGGCAAAUGAACACCUUUCGCCGCCGUGAUAACAGGACGUCCAACAUAGACGUUACGCUUACGACGGCUGACAUCGGACAUAAAGUCAGGAAUUGGCUGGUCAGUGAUGAAACUGACAGUGAUCAUAGGGUUAUCAGUUAUAACCUACUCGUCCGUAAACCGCCCCCGAGAAUCCCGGGGCCAGUGCGGUACAACGCUAAGACAGCGGAUUGGGAUCUAUUCAACACUACCCUCCUUGGCGAGGUAGGCCGCAUCCCUUGUAACUGCAUUAACGCUAUGGCUGCGGGCAUAACCCUUGCUCUGACUACAGCUGCGGAUAAAGCCAUGAUGAAAAAGAGACUGUCUGGUGGCCUGGGCAAGAACCCAUGGUGGUCCCCAGAGUUGGCAUCACUAAGAAAAGAUCUGGUCCGAAAGAGACGCCAAGGUCUUAACAGACCGGAGUACAACACACUUAGAAACAGUUUCCUGACGGCAAUCAGAAAGCACAAAGCCGACACGUGGAAAAACUAUGCUAAUGAAUUGAACACUAACCCUUGGUCCAGAGCCUUCAGCUGGGCCAAGAAAGGCAGUCGACCAAGAUCGAUCCCGAGCACGCUCACGAAAGAAGACGGCUCUCAAACUGUUGACUGUCUGGACACAGUCGAAUUGAUUUUGGACAAGUUUGUGCCGAGAGACCCGCAACAAGGCGAACUGGUCUACCAGGGCCCUCUGGAAUACACGGAGUCCCUUGAUCCGGAGUCUAUAAAAGUGGCCAUAUGGCGAAUCAAACCUUCGGGCGCUCCUGGAAUGGACGGAAUUUCGGCCCGGAUGCUCAGGAAGGCUUGGCCCGCGCUCAGAGAACCGAUAACGCAUCUCUUCGGCCAGUGCGUCAAAGCUGGUCAAUUCCCUGAUUGUUGGAAAACGGCGGAGCUGGUACUGGUGCCGAAACCUGGCGCAACUGACGCAUCUCUGGUCAAGUCGUUCAGACCAAUCAGCCUGCUUCCUGUCCUUGGGAAAACACUUGAGACUAUAAUAAUAGGUAAAAUUAUAAACGAGACCACCUUGGACUCGCACGUAGAACAGCACGGCUUUACAACGGGUAAAUCCACCUCCGGUGCUCUGGAAGCAGUCUAUGACUGGGUCGACGCGUCCAGUUCGCGGCAUAUCUUUGGUACCUUCCUAGAUAUCACGGGCGCGUUUGACAAUGUGAAAUGGUCUCCUCUCCUAUCUCAGCUCAUUCACCUAGGGGCCUCACUUGGGACAGUCAGAAUUGUACAGUCAUACUUGACGAACAGAUGGGCCAACUUCCACAUGGAAGGGGUGUGGUACAGGCGCAUGCUGGAACGAGGAUGCCCUCAAGGGUCCCAGCUUGGACCAACACUCUGGAAGGUCGCAAUCACACCAAUAUAUGGCUCAGUUAUAAGCCCUGACAGUACGAAGAUACUAACGUAUGCUGACGACAUACUGCUCAUGGUAGGGGCGGCCAGACCUAAGACAGCCUUUAACCGAAUAGAAAAACAAUUGGACAAGUUUACUACAUGGGCAACAGAAUUCGCUCUUGAGUUCUCCGCGGGGAAAACUCAGCUCCUCUCCCUUAAAGGCGGACUGAAGCCUGGAUACAGUAUUGCGUUUGGUACCGCAGCCGACGCGCCUAGGAUCGAGUCUUCUCCUACGGCCAAAUACCUCGGGGUCGUCCUUGACCCAAGACGAAGUUAUUGGGACCACGUCUUGUCGGUAUGCAAGAAAUCGGAUGACAUGUACAGCCGACUUAGAGCCUUGUAUUCGGCAAAUUGGGGCAUGGGCCAAUCUGCCGCCAACACCAUAUAUAAGGGCGUGUUCCUGCCCAGAAUUGCGUACGCUGCGGAGAUAUGGGCAGAGGGAUCGAAAUUACGCAAAAGCCGGGCGAAACUCCUUAGCGCUCAAAGGAAACCAUUGUUGGCGAUAACCGGUGCGUACAGAACUGCCUCGACGAAUUGCCUGUCAGCAGUUGCAGGAACACUCCCGCUUGACCUGGAGAUUAGGCACCAAGCGGCAUUGAGAAACCGGGCCCGAGAAAGAAUAUCGGCCGACGAAAUGGAAACGAUAACAUUCGAGCUGUUAAAUGAGUGGCAGGACAGAUACACGAGCACAAACAAAGGUAGUUGGACCCAGAAAAUGAUACCGUCCGUGAGACAGCGGUACCAUCUACCUCUGGACCUUGACCACUACACCACUCAGUUCCUCACCGGUCAUGGGGACUUUAAAGCCAAACUCUAUGGUUUCAAACUGGUAAAUGAUCCGAUCUGUGAAUGUGACCGCAAACCGGAGACGGUGAACCACGUCCUCAGGUUUUGCUCUAGAACAGUAUCAGCGAGACGCAAAUUAAAAACAACUAUGAGAGAAGAAGGAGAAGCGUGGCCUCCAGAAAACGGAGCCUUCCUCAAGUCUCGCAGAACAUUCCAAGCCCUUAAGUCCUUCGCGAGAGAAGCACUCACGAACAGGAUCGACAGAUAA